AUGCCCGAGGACGACGAGGCGCGGCCCUCAGCGUCGUACGAUACCCUGCGUGAUCGGUCGCGUCAGGAGUACCUGGCCAAGCGAUCCAAGCAGCAAGUCGAGCUCCUUCGUCAGGAAAUUAAGGAUGAAGAGACAUUCUUUCGAGGCGUGCAAUUGUCCAAGCGCGAACAGCGCGAGCUUGAUCACAAACGCGAAAUCCUGCGUCUUGCCGAAGAAUAUGAGGCCUUGGAUGAUCGUGAAGAAGGGUAUAUCCUGCCUGAAGACUACUUAACCGAGCAAGGGCGAUUGGAUCGUAAGCGCAAAGAGGCGGCGUUGCAUGAUCGCAGGUACGAUGAUGCGCACGACCGCAAAUCCACGCGCAAAAAGCUCACAUCCGAAGGCGAUGCCUUUGAGAAGGAGCAGAUUCAACGCUCGCUCUUGCUAGAUCAGCCUGCGGUGCCUGAAGAACAAGCGUUUGACUAUGUAUUUGACGAGUCGCAGGCGAUUCAAUUUAUUAUGGACAAGCAAAAAGAAGGCCAGCUCAAUACCAUGUCAGAAAAAGAGCUGGCCAUGCAGAAACAGUUGCAGGAGGCGGAAGAACGCGCUUCCACCAUUGAGGCAACGCGUCGUUCGCUGCCUGUGUAUGCGCUGCGUGAAGAGCUCCUAGAAGCCAUUGCGCAAAACCAGGUGCUCAUCGUUGUCGGCGAGACCGGAUCAGGCAAGACGACCCAGCUUCCGCAGUUUCUUCAUGAGACAGGCUAUACGAAGGACGGGAAGAUGGUCGCAUGUACGCAGCCCCGUCGUGUUGCUGCGAUGAGUGUCGCUGCGCGUGUCGCAGAAGAAAUGGGCGUACGGCUUGGCCAGGAAUGUGGCUACAGUAUCCGGUUCGAGGACUGUACGUCAGACAAGACGGUCGUUAAGUACAUGACCGAUGGCAUGCUGCUACGCGAGUUUCUUACCAACCCAGAUCUCGGCUCGUAUUCUGCUAUCAUGAUUGACGAGGCACAUGAACGUACGCUGAGCACCGAUAUCCUCUUUGGCCUUGUGAAAGACAUUGCACGUUUCCGCCCUGAUCUCAAACUGCUCAUCUCCAGUGCGACACUCGAUGCGGAAAAGUUUAGUGAGUUUUUCGAUGAUGCCCCCAUUUUCUAUGUCCCUGGCCGCCGAUUCCCCGUGGACAUCCACUAUACACCGCAGCCAGAGGCGAAUUACUUGCAUGCCGCCAUUACAACAGUCUUUCAAAUUCAUACCACGCAGCCCAAGGGCGAUAUUCUGGUGUUCCUCACUGGCCAGGAUGAAAUCGACGUGGCCAUGGACAAUUUGCAGCAAACAGCGCGUGCAUUAGGCGGACGUAUCCCGGAGCUGAUUGUGUGCCCCAUUUAUGCCAACCUACCCAGCGAUAUGCAGGCCAAAAUCUUUGAACCUACUCCGCCCGGCGCUCGGAAAGUAGUGCUGGCGACGAAUAUUGCCGAAACAAGUAUUACGAUCGAUGGCAUUUCGUUCGUGAUCGAUCCAGGGUUUGUGAAACAGAAUUCGUACAAUCCUCGCACGGGUAUGGCCGCAUUAACGGUUGUGCCAUGCUCGCGUGCCUCGGCCAACCAGCGCGCGGGUCGUGCAGGCCGAGUCGGCCCUGGCAAAUGUUUCCGCCUGUUCACCAAAUGGGCCUUCCAAAACGAGAUGGAAGAAAACACCGUUCCGGAAAUUCAGCGCACGAACCUGGCGAAUGUGGUACUGCUUCUCAAGUCGGUGGGUAUUCAUGACUUGCUCAACUUUGACUUUUUGGAUCCGCCGCCGACGGACACCCUCAUUCGUUCCUUAGAGCUCUUGUACGCGCUCGGCGCACUCAAUGACCGCGGCGAGCUGACCAAGCUGGGCCGACGUAUGGCCGAAUUCCCUGUGGAUCCGAUGAUGAGCAAAGCCAUCAUUGCGAGUGAAGAGUACCACUGCACGGAAGAAGUGUUGUCCAUUGUGUCUAUGUUGGCAGAGAGUGGCAGUUUGUUCUUCCGGCCCAAAGACAAGAAGCUGCAUGCGGACAGAGCACGGCAGACGUUUACGCGGCCCGGUGGCGAUCACUUUACCUUGCUGAACAUUUGGGAGCAAUGGGUCGAGAGCGGGUACAGCCAAGUGUUUUGCAUGGACAACUUCCUUCAGCCCAAGACGUUGGGGCGUGUACGAGACAUUCGUGAGCAGCUCGCCCACUUGUGUGAGCGUGUCGAGUUGAUCCCCGAAUCGAAUCCCAAUCCGGCGAAUAUUACAGGCAUCCAGAAAGCCAUCACAGCAGGCUACUUUAUGAAUACCGCGCGGCUGCAAAAAGGCGGGGAGACGUACCGCAGUAUCAAGCAGAAUACCACCGUGUAUGUCCACCCCUCAUCGUGCUUGUACAAGCACGUGCCACAGCCUCGUUUCCUGUGCUACUUUGAGUUGGUGGAGACUUCGAAGAACUUUAUGCGCCAAGUAAUGGAGAUCCGUUCGGAAUGGCUUAUGGAAGUGGCACGGCACUACUUCUCGCGGGACGAUCUGCAAGACGACACGCGCCAAAAACGCAUGAUGCGAGGUACAGGGGCAGCGCCUUCCUUCAGGCAUGGUGAACAGUAUGCGUAG